AUGUCCGGCCUCAGAGCGCACUUUGCAGAAGACCCCGUCACCCCCCCAGUCGAGAAGGUCGGCGACGACGAGCAGAGCCCCUUCCAGCUCCCGCCCGAUGGUGCGAGAACACCCUUGGACGAGAAGCCUGUUCCUUUCUCUCGCCCUUCGACCCCUACCCCUGCCCAUGACCAACUCGCUUUUGUCGGACUCGGUGAGAUGGGUAAGAGGAUGGCCACCAACUUGGCUUUGUACCUCUCAAAAGAAGGACAGCCCCCUCUAAUCGUGUACAACCGCAAGGAAGACGGCCUCGCCCACUUUGAAGAGUAUGCCAAGGAGAAGGAGCUUCCCGACAGCGCCUACGUUGUCAAGACUGAGCUCGAAGAGAUUGGACGAACGGCCGACUUGGUAAUCACUUCUUUGGCGGGAGACGAGGCUGUCCAGGAGGUGUACGCCAAGUUGUUCGAGGGUCAAGAGACCCAGAGGGGCACUGGCGACGGUAUCAUUCCCGGCGGUCGGGGACGCACCACCAUCUUUGUCGACACAAGUACCGUCUACCCUACCACUGCCGGUGUCAUCGAAAACAUUGCCAACGCCAAGCCUCACCGUGCUUUCCUCUCCUGCCCCGUCUUUGGCGUCCCCCGCGCCGCCGAGACUGCCGACUUGAUCCUUGCCAUGGCUGGUGACUACUUUGCCAAAAAGCACGCCGCCCACGCACUUGUACCUGCUAUCGGAAAGAAGGUGAUAGAUUUGGGAAGUAACGUCGAGCGAGCCAUGUCUUUCAAGCUUGUUGGCAACUCUCUCGAACUCGGUUUCAUCGAGCUCCUCUCUGAAUGUUUCACCCUCUGCGACCAGACCGGUGUCGGAUCUGAAAAGCUCGUCGAGCUCAUCAAGCUCCAACACAAGAGCCCUGCUCUCAUCCGAUACGCCGACAGAAUCACCAAGAACAAGUUUGACAGCACUGGUGGUUUCAACCUGGGUGGCGGUAUCAACGAUGCUCGUAAUAUUCGCCAGCUCGCCGAAUCGCACAACGUCCCCAUGCCCUGCAUGGACGUCGCCCAGCAACACAUGUUGUCCGCCAGGGCCCACGGUGGAGACACUAUGGACUGGACAGCACUUGUCGGUGGACAGAGGAUAUCAGCGGGCCUCGAGCCUUUUGCUGGUAAGGUGAGGCUCGAAAAGUAUGAAGGAUAA